AAAAGAAUGUGUCUUCAUUUGCCCAUCAUGUAUAAAAGUCUGUGUUGAGGAAAUUCUCUUCCACUUGACUGACGCAAAAAAUCAUCACACAAGUAUUGUCAAGCUCCAUCAUGGUGCACAAGGUAGCAGUGAUUGGGGCAGGUCCCUCCGGUCUGACCAGCAUCAAGGCUUGUCUAGAUGAGGGCAUGGUUCCGACCUGCUUUGAAAGCAGCGAUGACAUUGGUGGACUGUGGAAAUUCAAGGAAGUAUCAGAGCUAAGCAGGGCCAGCAUCUACCGUUCCCUCACCAUCAAUAUCUCCAAGGAAAUGAUGUGCUUCAGUGACUUCCCAAUCCCAGCUGAUUAUCCCAACUACAUGCACCACUCUAAAAUCAUGAGGUACUUCAGGAUGUAUGCAGAGCACUUUAAACUACUACGGCACAUUCAAUUCCAGACCGCAGUGAAGAGAGUCACAAUGAGACCAGACUUUUCUCGCACUGGUCAGUGGGAAGUGGUGACAGAGAGCAGAGAUGGACAAGAGGAGAGGCACGUCUUUGAUGCAGUUAUCUGCUGCUCUGGUCACUAUACCUACCCCAACCUGCCACUCAAAGACUUCCCAGGGAUUGAGACCUUUGAAGGAAAAUACUUGCACAGCUGGGACUACAAGGGUCCUGAGGACAUGUAUGGAAAGACAGUGGUGGUCAUUGGGAUUGGUAACUCUGGAGGUGAUAUCGCUGUAGAGACCAGCAGAGUUGCUGAGCAGGUGUACAUGAGCACACGCCGUGGGGCCUGGGUCAUUCGUCAGGUUUCUGAUGACGGCCUGCCAGUGGACAUGAAGUACAACACACGCUUUGUCCACAUCCUGUUCCAGCUGCUGCCUAUCAACUUCUUUAACUGGUUUGGAGAGAAGAAACUCAAUGCUAUGUAUGACCACACCAUGUAUGCCCUCAAACCCAAACACAGGCUCUUCAGUCAGAUUCCUGUGAUCAAUGAUGAUCUUCCACUUAAGAUUCUGUCUGGAUCAGUCAUCAUCAAACCAAACGUAAAGGAAAUCCGGGGCUCCACUGUGGUGUUUGAAGACGGCAGCACUGUGGAAAAGGUGAAUACAAUUGUGUUCGCCACAGGGUACAAUUACGACUUCCCCUACCUGCCAAACAAUGUCAUGUACAAGUCUGGGCACCGUGUAGGUCUGUACAAGCAUGUUUUCCCUCCCAACAUGGAGCAUCCCACCCUGGCUGUUGUGGGCUUCAUUCAUGCCCUUGGAGCCAUCAUGCCUCAAGCUGAAAUACAGGCUCGCUGGGUCACACAUGUCUUCAAAGGAUAUAAAAAGCUGCUCUCAAACCAGUCCAUGAUCAAGGCUGUUGAAAAGGACACUAAGGACAUCGAGAAACACUACAUCGUGUCAAAACUGACUCCACUGCAGGUGGAUUUUGUUUCUUACAUGGAUGAAAUAGCUGGAGAGAUUGGAGUACGACCAAGUCUCCUCUGGCUCCUCUUCACAGACUAUCCUCUGUUUAAGAGGGUUUUAUGGGGACCUGUCACUGCUUACCAGUACCGUCUGAUGGGACCAGGGAAAUGGGAGGGAGCCCGUGAGGCCAUCUUCACCCAGUUUGACCGCAUGUACCAGCCCCUAAAAACCAGACAGGUGCUGGAACAGGAGCCUUCCUUUGCUGGCCGCCUGGUAAAACUGAGUCUGACUCUCAUGGCCGGAGGAGCUGCAGCAUACUACUUCCAUACACGUAAUCCAGACACCAUCCACACCCUGCUGUCCAGCCUCCGUCUGCAUGCUGUCUGAUCCAACUGCAUAAGUCACACAAUGCAGAACUCUAAAAACAAAAUAUGAGCCUUAUCUGCUUAUCUGCUGUUUCUAGAUCUGUUAGAAAUUCAGUAAACUUCUGUUUGGGUUGUAAUUAUAGAGAUUGUUAAAAGGGGUCUGUACUGAGCAGCUGACUGAGGAUGUUUUAUAGUAUCUUUGCAAUUUAAAUCUUUAAUAACUAAUUUCUCUGAGCUAUGCUUCAUAUUGAAAUGUUUUAUAUCAAAUGUUGACCUAAUAUAAAAAUACUGGUUUGCAUUUUUAACCAAACUUCACAUUGACUAUUGCUGAAAUAUAACUGGGUGUUUGGUUCAGGACUUUCUGGUCAUAGUAGCUCAUAGUUACAUAAUUAAUAAAGAAAAGCAAACUGGGGUUUCCAGUGUUAGAAUUUAAUAUUUUAUACAUCUUCAAUUUUCAAAAGCUCCACAUUUUCAUUGUAUAAAAAUCAAAAAUUUGCAUGUUGAUCUAAAGCUACGCCAGUUUUUUGUGUUAAAUAUAAAUGUUAAUUAGAUUUACUGGUAUUGUGGUCGGUAGUAAUGUUGUUUGGACUGAAUUGUCAUGUUCUGUGUUUCAGUUUUUCUUCAUGUUUUCUUUUGUAAUUUGUCUUUGUUAAUUCAGUUGUUUGUUUUUUCUUUGCCUGUUCCUGGUUGGUUCAUACUUUCAGUUCACUGCCACACAUCUGCCACCUUUUGACCAUUAUCGUGUUUUUAUAUAAACUACCCAGUUUCCCCAGUCUCCUGACAGAUUUGGUUUGUUCAUCGAUGAUUCUAAUCCAGUUUUACUUUUCCAUUCAGACUCAUGUUCUUUCUGUUACAUUUGCAUCUUGCUUUUUUAUAUCUUAGUGUGUUUGAUUAAAACAACUUUUUUUUAAUCUA